AUGUCCUUAGUAAAUGUAACUUCAGUUAAAGUUUUCAAAAAUCCAACAGAAAUUACUGACCCAUUCGAAUUUGAAAUUUCAUUCGAAUGUUUACAAAAUCUUGAGGAAGAUCUUGAAUGGAAAAUUGUAUAUAUUAGCUGUGCAGAAUCAAAAGAUAUGGACCAAGAACUUGACUGCAUUGCUUUAGGUCCAAUAACGAGAGGAGCACUCAAGUUUAUUUUUAAAGCUCCCUCCCCAGAUUUUACAAAGAUACCCCCUGAAGAUAUACAUGGAAUGGCAGUAGUGUUAAUUCUUGGAUCUUAUCGCAAUGAAGAAUUUAUUAGAAUUGGAUAUUAUGUACACAACGUUUAUACUGAUCCUUUAUUAGAAGAUAAUCCUCCUGAUAUUCCGAUUCUUGAUAAACUUCAAAGAAUCAUUCUUAGCGAAUCCCCUAGACUUACUAGAUUUAACAUUGCCUGGGAUACCAAACAAGAUGAUCAGAAUUCAUCUUAUCAUGAUGAAGACCAAAUCAACUCACAAGAGAGUUCUAACAAUGAUUCUCAUGAUUCAAUUGACUCUCAAGCCUCCCCCUCUUCUUCUUCCUCUUCCCAACCUUCUCAAUCACACACCUCAAACUUAAAUAGCCUCAAACUUGUCCCUCCCCAAAGCCCUAAAUCACGAUCUUUUAACACUAACAAUGAAAAUUUAGAUGUCAAUCUUUCUGCUAUAAGUUCCAAUUAG